AUGGGAUUACGGAUUACUACUAUGAUUACACCGAUUGUAUUAGUAGUGAAUUUAAACACACUACUUCAACUAUUACUACUCCAACUACUACUACUAACUGCUACUACUACCCUAAGUAAUACUACUUCAACUACUACUACUCCAGAUAUUGCUAUUCCAACUACUACUGCUCCAACUACUACUGCUCCAAAUACUAUUGCUCCAACUACUACUGCUCCAGCUACUACUGCUCCAACUACUACUGCUUCAACUACUACUGCUCAAAUUACUACUACCCCAAAUAUUAUUAUUCCAACUACUAUUGCUGCAACUACUACUGCUCAAAUUACUACUACUCCAAAUAUUAUUAUUCCAACUACUGCUGCUCCAACUACUACUACUCAAAUUAGUACUACUCGAACUACUACUAUUCCAACUACUGCUCCUACUAUAGCAACAACUAUGACUACUACAAAUAUUGUUACUACAAUUAAUAGAGCCAUCGAAAGUGAAAUGAGCGCAGUUAAGAAUAAAAAAAAUUGGGCAACCACUGUCUGGAAUGGUCCACCAGAAUUUAUAGGAGAUGAUGGGGAUGAGGGACCCCCGGGAUUACGUGGUCCUCAAGGAUUGAAAGGUCCUCAAGGAGAACGUGGGCCACCUGGAUUACCAGGACCUAUGGGAGAUCCUGGUCCUUCAACUGGUCGCUCUAAUUCACUACACCACAGUAUGAAGCAGUCAGUGCUAGUCCUCAUUAUCAGCACUUUUUUCUCAUAA